UCCAGUUGAACAGAUUCCUUCACUGCCUCUCCUGCAAAAACAAGAUCCAGGGAGAGCGCUCAUUAAACUAGGAGAUGAAGGAUCGGCUGGAGGAGCUGAAGAACCUGAGGGAGGAUGAUGAAGGCUUUCCAGAUGACGACUUCCCGGGCUACGAUAACCCCUCUUUCCAUGAAGAAGAGGCGAAGGAAAUGGAGGAAUUCUUCAGGACGGUCUCGAAUCUUGCAGCAGAACUGGAUGGGCUUGAAGAUAUUUCGGAGGACAUUGCCAAGAAGCAGGCGCAGGUCCUGUGCAGCACUGCAAUGGAGACCAUCAGUGCUGAGAAGAAGCUGCUGGGGGACUUAAAGAAUGAGUUCACUGUCCAGGCCAAGGGGAUCCAAGCCAAUCUGGGCCAAAUGAAGGAGGCUUCCCCCUUCCAAGGGAUGUGUGCCGAGGGACGGAUCCGACAGUGUCAGUUCAACGUCCUGGCACAGCGCCACAAGGAGAUCAUGGUCUGCCAUUUUACCAAGGAGAUGGAAUACGUUGGCCGGCUGAAGGAGCAGAUUAAGAGGCAGACUGAGCUGGCCGGGCUGGAGCUGGCUGAGGAGGAUCUCCAGAUGCUGGUGGAGAGCCCUUCAGCACCUCAGAUCGUGGGCUCUGACAUCCACGUCCUGGCAGCCCAGAAACACUUGGCCCUGGCCCAUGAACGCCACCAGCAGCUGUUGGUCCUGGAAGCCCAAAUCUCAGAGCUCCACGAGCUCUUCUUCCACCUGGAAGUACUAGUGUCAGAGCAACAGGGCAUGGUGGACAACAUCGAGCACAACGUCAUUCAGGCCAUAGACUACAUCAGCCAGUCCAACGAGCAGGUGAAGAAGGCACUCAAGUACCAGAGACAGUCCCGCAUCGGUGCAGUCUUCUCGGCCGUGCUGGGGAUGUGUGCCUGCUGUGCUUGUCUCUCUUGUGUGUCCAAGGUGGUGCCUUGAACCAGCUGAAACAAUGUAGAUAAUAGCUUUUUGUAGGAAAAGCUUUUAAUUUAUUAUUUUUAGGGUGAGGCAGGAGGUCCUUCUUGGCAACCUUGCUUUUCUCCUACCUUCCACAUUAAACUCUUCCUGUAUCUCGGCAGGCUGCUGAUGACAACAGCUGAUAAAGAUUCCCCAAAACAGUUCUUGCUCACUGUGACCUAACCGGAAACCGCUGUUAUAACUCAAGCUUCUUGUUUUGUACUGACAAGACGUAGUGGAUAAUUUCUCCCACUAUACUGCAGGAAGGUACAGGUGACAAUCCUGUGAUAUGAUCACUAUGGUUAUUCUUUAAAGUGACGUGGGACUAAAAUGCAAGGGGGACUAAAGCCAAAUGCCUCCAGCUCACAAUGAUUGAUUCCUAAUGGCCCAUGGAGAAACCCUGUUCCCCUGUACUACUUAAGUGAAGAGUUUUAAGGAGACUGCAGUGCAGUGAAAGGAAAUAAUGAUGAUGGGCAAUCUACUUACACAACUUAAACAACUGUGACAAGACGUUUGCUGCUGUUGGUGUGGGACUGCCUCUGUUUCUUUCACUGGUUACAGAAGCAGAGCAGAGGUAUUUAUUGACAUUCGCAGAAAUUAUAUUAAUUCCUAAUUUGGGGAAUGGGAUCUGGGCUCAAGUCAACCUAUCGUAUCAUAAAAAAGGUAUUUUCUAAGAUUAAGAUGUGUUGUACUGUGACACGUGUUAGAAACGCUGUGCUGGGAGUAUCGCUUUGAAAGAUCUCAGAUGGAGGAAUUAGCAAGCAGCCUGCUUUGUGUUCACACUACUUUUAAGAAUAAAGGACUUUUUGCAGAAGAACUUUUAUAUAUAAGCGUCUUUGAAGGGUAAGGCAUAAACAGAGGGGUCUGGGUUUUCAUUAACAAACUGUUUUUACAAAGCAAACGGAAAAUGACACUUGAAGCUACUUUUCUUGUGUGCAACUUUUGGUUGUUUCCAAAACAAACAGCAAACUUUUUACUCUAGUUGACAAACAUUUUAAUAAGUUUAAGUUUUGAAUAAAGCUUUCAACUUCCUUUUCAGCGUCUCCAUA